UUCCAGGGGAAGCUUUGGUCUGCACACUUCUCCUUCCGCGGCCGAGUGCUCGGUGCCAGCCGGGCGCCGUGCAGAGGGAGUCAGUGAUGUUCAAGGAUGUGGCUGUGGAAUUCACCCAGGAGGAGUGGAGGCAACUGGAUCCUGCUCAGAGGAGCUUGUUCAAGGAUGUGAUGCUGGAGAACUACAGGAACCUGGUCUCCCUGGGACUGGCUGUUAACAAACCAGGUAUUAUCUCCCAUUUGGAGAGAGGAAGAGCACCAUGGAUUCCAGAGAAAGCUGUCUCAGGGGGCACCUUUCCAGGAAUUCCAAUAAAGCUUAAGGCAAAUCUGUGUUUUUUGAGACUUUGCUGGUGGCUUAGUCCAGAUACGGGGUGUAAAACAACAAAGUCAGCUCCAAAUCAUGACCCUUCUUUAGGAGAGACAACCAAGAAAAGACUCGAAAGGGAAGGUCCCUGGGAUUUUAGGUUUGCAGAAGCCUGAGGAUAUGAUGUGAGCUUAGAGCAUUAACAGAAUGGCAAGCGUGAAAAACAAUCCCAGCAGGUAAAAAUCGCCCACAGGAAAAAUGCACUUGGAAAAGGCCUUGAUCUGGAGUCAAUCCAGGUUCCAAAAAACAAAGUCCACAUGGGGAAAAGUUUGCACCAAUGUGACACACCUAUCUAAAGAACUUCAGACGGUGUUCAGACAAGCAUGGAAUUUUUACUAAGAAAAUACUUUGUAAUUAUCAUAAUUACAGAAAGUCAUU